AUGAGAACCAGACGAGGAAUUUGUUAUACGGAGAUUGAUAAGUUGUGCUACCUGAAGAGAAAAACCGAUGGCAAUUUGUCCGGAGCACCGAUGAUAACGAGCCGAAAAAGGCUUAAGUCGUCGUCCGGAUUACCGGUGGUAGUUCAUUCCGGUCAGUGUGAUUUCUUGGACACGCUUCCCGACGAUAUCGUUUUAUGCAUCCUUGCGAAGCUUGGCUCCACCGCCGAUUGUGCUGCAGAUUUCUUCCGCGUUUUGUCAACAUGCAAGAGAUUAAACGGAUUAGGGCUUCAUUCACUUGUAUUGUCGAAGCUUUCAACAAAUUGUUUUGCCGUUAAAGCUAAAAGUUGGUCGGAAUCUUCUCACCGAUUUCUUAAACGGUGUUCCGAUGCCGGCAAUGCAGAAGCUUCUUACACACUCGGCAUGAUUACUUUCUACUGUUUGCAAAAUCGGGGUAGCGGAGCGUCGUUCAUGGCCAAAGCCGCGAUUCGGUCACACGCUCCGGCACUGUACUCACUUGCUGUGAUUCAGUUCAACGGCAGCGGAGGAUCAAAGAACGAUAAGGACUUGCGAGCCGGAGUUGCUCUUUGUGCUCGUUCGGCGUUUCUCGGCCACAUUGACGCUCUCCGGGAACUCGGACAUUGCCUGCAAGACGGUUACGGGGUGAGCAAGAAUGUCGCCGAAGGAAGGCGACUAUUGAUUCAAGCAAACACCCGUGAGCUAGCCGCCGUGUUCUCAACUACUCCGUCCUUGUUUUCCGGCAAACGCCAGAAAUGGAACCUAAUAGGCUCGGGGUGCCCGUUACUAAGUGAUUUCGGAUGUAAUGUUCCGGCUCCAGAAUCUCACCCUGCGAACCGUUUUCUCGGCGAAUGGUUCUCAGAGAAGCCACCGAGUCCGGAGCUGAGGUUAUGCUCGCACGGCGGUUGCGGUCGGCCGGAGACGAGGAAGCACGAGUUUAGACGGUGUUCGGUGUGUGGAGAUGUGAACUACUGCUCUCGCGCGUGUCAAGCACUCGACUGGAAAUUGCGUCAUAAAACGACGUGUAGAGAAGCUGUAGAUGUAAAUGGUGGCGAAAUAAACGGCAACAUGAAUGAAAAUAAUAUCAUUGAGAUGGUUGUUGAGAGUUGA